CUCGCCUGUUUCUUCAUAGGUGACUUCCCUAGAGAGUGCCCGAGUCCUAGAAUUCUGUACCCGAACCUUGAUUUGAUUCGUGGUCAAGGCUAAAUCCCAAAUAAUCUCUCAAGUGAGACUUUACGAAUGUGAAGAAUCUUCAAGCCAUAAUGACCUUCAAUGUUAAGUGACAUCCUUCCUUAUCCUAUUUCCACAACAACGAAAUGCUGUCGAGAAUCCUUUUUGGAGCUCUGCUCCCACUUUUGACCUCUGCUACGCAGACAGUUACUCUUACUGUUACCGCCACGCAGCCGUUGACCGUCUACUCUACUCAGCCUGCGUCCACCUUGACCGUGCAGCAGACACUUUCGCCCAUUACAGUUUAUAUCACGCAGACAGACUUGUUCACUGUGUCGAUAUCAACCAGCACGAAGACAAAAACGACGACCUUAACAGUCACAGCCAGCAAUGUGUCCACUCUACCCCUAACCACGAUCCAAAUCACUCAGACCCUGCCGCCAAACACUAUCGUUCAGACGUACACCCAGGCAGCAAGCACCAUAGUUCUAACCUCAACCUUGCCAGCUAGCACUUCAAGCACCACAUUCACACAGUAUGUCACUGUCAACCAGACCGUGUCGGCAAUCUCAAUCAGCACGACAACUCUCAAAACCAAAACGAAGACGUUAACCCUGAGUGCCUCGACGCUGUUCAGCACCGUUACCAGCAUUGCAGCAACUCCAUGCUAUGCAACAUCCACACCAGAUAUGAUUCUCAAUGGUGGGUUUGAGGAAGAUGACGCGGGGUGGACUUUCUAUGAGUAUGGAACGACGGGAGCAACAAGUAUGACUGAGGUGCAAGGCACUGUGAGUAAUCCAGCAUAUGAAGGAAACUACAUGCUGGGCGUCGAGUUCCUCAGCAACAAUAAUCCUGGCAUUGGCAUAAUCUCUCCAACGUUCAACUCUCCUCCUGCGUAUAACUUGUCGUUUGCGGUCAGAGUCGAUGCUCAAAAUAGUGAUACGACUGGAUGUCAGGGAUGGCUAUACUCUGGUACCGGAGACAGUCCCAUUGAUGAUUGGAGUCAGAUGGAUUUGAGCAAGUUUACGGGACAGACAACUUGGGUUACAUAUUCUGCAAUAUUCCAAGGAGGCAUACUCGAGGAUACAAUCGAGAUCGAUAUCGAUUCUUGUUUGAAUGGUCCUGUUUGGUACUUUGAUUCGUUUAUUGUUGUGGCUGCAUAGGUGCAAAGUUGGAGAAAGAGAGGGUGGCAAUGAAGGGGAUUCGUGGUAGAUGAACGUCAAAAAGCGGUGUGGUAAAAUGUUUCGAGGAAAUGACGAGC